AUGUUCCCUGGCCUACCCAAUAGGCUCGAGUAUAUUGCAGAGUUUUGUCUGGCUUCGCUGGUCUAUCAUUCCUCUUUCCUGAAGGCUACGCUUUCUCCACAGCACCAUUUAUUUGAGACGCCGCUUUUCCAAGACGAAGAACUGCUAUUAAAUCUCACAACCAGAAUUAGAACGGGUGAUGGUUGCGCUGCGGCGCGUAUACGACCGACUGGGGUACCACCUCACGUGGCUAUACUCUGUGAAAUGAAGGGUCUAAAGGACGGUUUGCUGGAAUCGCGAGCUAUAGGUGCUGGAACGGUUACUUACGACGGUCUUCAUGAUGCUAUAAGAGCGUGUCUUCAUGAUAGUGGCUUUCGGCGUGUACCCGCAGAUUUUACCAUCCCUGAUUGCUCCGUACGUCACGUGUGGGUGCUGUGGAUGUGUGGUAACAAGUCGAAGCAGAUACCACCGCUUCGCCGUCUUGAUGGUCGUGAUAUGCCCAACAGGAAGAUGCAGAAGCGUCUUAGCCAGCUUCGCGUCGCUGUAGACGACAUCACCGAACACUCACGAAAGCGACGCCACGGGCAGCUGAGCUGGGCGACAGUAGGAAAACUGUUGAGGAAGAAAGCAAAAACAACAAGUAGUUAG